UUAAUGGUUGACUUAUGAAAAUUUUAUCUUCUUAAUCAGUUAAAAAAAUGACCAAAUUUCUCAAAUUAAAUCGUACAGGCGAUAAAAUCCCAUUAGUCGGCUUUGGCACUGCUCGGAUUGCACUCGAAGAUACCGCUGAUAUCAUUUACACUGCCAUCAAAUCUGGGUAUCGCUUGAUUGAUGCUGCAUUAUGUUACGGAAACGAGGCACAAGUAGGUGAAGGUAUAAGAAAAGCUAUUGAUGACGGUAUUGUCAAAAGAGAAGAACUAUUCGUUACCGGUAAGCUUUGGAAUUCUUUUCAUAGUAAAGACAACGUAAAACGCGCAUUUGAUGUUACGUUGGAAAACUUUGGUUUGGACUACAUCGAUCUCUAUCUCAUCCAUUUCCCUUUUGCUACGGAAUUUGUUGAUCCAAGAUCAACCAAUCUAGCUUUCUUUAAUGAUGACAACAAAGUUGUUUUCGAACGUACUCCUAUCCAUGAGACUUGGAAGGCAAUGGAAAACUUAGUUGAUUUAGGUCUUGUUCGUAACAUUGGGCUUUCUAAUUUUAAUGUGCAAAGUAUCCUUGAUUUAUUGACUUACGCAAGAAUUACCCCCGCCAUCUUGGAGAUUGAAUUUCAUCCUUAUCUUUUACAAGAACGUCUUAUUACUUGGGUAAAAUCUCAGGGCAUAGAAGUCAUUGCGUAUGCCUCCUUCGGUAACACAGUAUUUGAAGAGGUCCCUCCUACUACUGCCCAUUUGCCUAAUCUCCUGACACAUCCCACAGUAACAAAAAUUGCUCAAAAGCACGGCCGAAACAAUGGACAAGUGCUUUUAACAUUUGCUACUCAACAAAACAUAGUUGUUAUUCCAAAGAGUAUCCAGGAAUCCCGCAUGAAGUCCAAUUUGGAUUUGUUUUCUUAUAAAUUAGAUGCGGACGAUAUCAAAGAAUUGAAAGCAUUAAAUGCUAAUGCUCGCUUUAACGAUUUUUUGCCAAAUACGUAUGGCUUUGAUUUACCUAUCUUUGAAUAAAUAAUCUCUUUUGUAAUCUCUUC